ACAACAGUUUAGCCUCUCUUGUACCUUAUAACAUUAUGGAGUAAUGAGACAAAUGAAAAAUAUUGAAGUAAAAAUUGUUUGCUUAUGGAUGCAUUCAAAUUAUAAAUAUUAUUGUCUUUGGUUUAGUCUCGGUGCGACUUCCAAUCCAAAAAUUGUGUCUCAACAAGUAAGAAUUAAGGAUGAAUCAAGAUGAACCCACCUCCAAGGACUGUAUUUGCAAAAUUUGGGAAUCUAUCCCAAGAAGAGUAUGGAAGGGCGAGUGAAGACUUGCAAUUUUCUGUGCAGUGCAGAAUCUGAAGGAAUAUGUGAGAUGAGAUUUAUGUGUGGUCGUGAUUAGGCAGUUGGAGAAGACUGAAUGUUAGUUGAAGCAGCUGAGGCUCAGGCUGACGUACUCGUACGCAUUAAAACUGAAAUUUUGUUAGCACACAUAAGUAGGUGACAAUAGUGAAUUAACUUUAUUAGGGUCAAUUCUUUUAACCUUUAUUUUGAGAAACCAUAAUUUACUUCUUCCAAGAACCAGAUUUUAAAAAGCAGCUACAGAAAAAAUACAUAUACUAAAAAUUUAAAAAAUAAAAUAAAAUCCAAGAGCAGGUGAGGAAAUGCAAAAUACGGAACUCUGAGUCUUAUACUUUAUAGAUUCACAUGGAAAAGAAAGUUAGUUGUCCGUCUUCUUAUUGUUUGGAUUCCAUCUAUCUUUUGGACAGCCGUAAUGCACUGAACAACUUCAUGAUCCUGACAUUGAUGCAUGAUAAUGGCUCUUAGCUUUGUCCUUUUGGAGGGCUGUGAAUUAAUCUUCAGUAUCCUGUGUUUCUUGUUUAUUCCCAACUCUUUCAUUUAUGCUUAUUGCUUUCUCUACUUAUAUAACCAUUCAACUAAGUAUCCUGACGCUAAUUAAGUCUUUUUUUCUUCCCUGUCAAAGUUUUACCAACGGCAUGAUAUCUUUUAAUUUUUCAAUAAGUAGCAUGCAGCAGAGCAGAUAGAGUAAUUGUCUCUAUUCGAUCACUGUUUCAAGGUGCACGUGUGCGAUAUAAUAAUUUUAAGCAGAGUUGAUUGUGCAACUGCAAUGGGAUUUUGGGAUUUGUUCGUGGUGGCAUUGAUGCCGGUUCUGAAAGUUCUCUUGGUUACUGCUAUAGGCUUAUUCCUGGCAACUGAUGGUAUACAUCUUCUGGGGGCAAGCGCCAGGAAUCAUCUGAAUAAUUUGGUAUUUUAUGUAUUUAGUCCUGCUCUCAUAGGAAGCAGCCUGGCUAACACAGUUACUCUCGACAGUUUAGUUACCUUGUGGUUCAUGCCUGUCAAUAUUCUUCUAACAUUUAUUAUAGGCUCAGCACUGGGAUGGGCACUCGUCAAAAUUACACACACUCCUAAACAUCUCCAUGGAACCAUCAUCAGUUGUUGCUCAGCAGGAAAUCUGGGCAACCUUCUCCUGAUUAUACUCCCAGCACUGUGUGAGGAGAAUAACAGUCCAUUUGGAGAUUCAACUGCCUGCUCUGCCUAUGGGCAGGCUUAUGCUUCACUUUCAAUGGCGGUUCUAGCCAUCUAUAUCUGGUCCUAUGUGUAUUAUAUCAUGCGGGCAUCCGCCAGUGAUGAAUCUAAAGAAAUCAAUGGAAAUAACACUACAAUCAUCAUAAGCCCCUGCGGAGAAACUUCAGAUUAUACAGAGGCAUUACUUUCAGAGGAUGUUCCAACCACAGAGAAUUUGCCGGCUGAGGUUGAACUGCAGGAGUCAAUCCUUCAAAGGACUAGGCAAUGCAUAAGCAGAAUUGCGGGGAAGAUGAACGUAAGGAUGGUUUUGGCACCAUCUACAAUUGCAGCGAUGGCAGGGUUUGCGAUAGGAAUAAUAUCUCCAAUUCGGAAGUUAAUGAUCGGCGAUAGUGCGCCUCUUCGUGUAAUAUACAGUUCAGCUAAUCUGCUGGGGGAGGCAGCAAUCCCGUCCAUUACGCUCAUAGUAGGAGCAAAUCUUCUUAGAGGUUUAAAAAGAUCAGGAGCAAGCAUAUCGGCCAUGAUAGGGAUAAUUGGAGUUAGGUUUGUGGUGCUGCCUCCAAUAGGAAUUGGGGUGGUUAAAGCUGCUCAUCAUUUUGGGAUAGUGGAAUCAGAUCCCUUGUAUCAGUUUACACUUAUGCUGCAAUUUGCUGUUCCACCGGCAAUGAACAUCGGUACAAUUGCCCAAUUGGUAAACACUGGGGAAAGUGAAUGUUCGGUGAUAAUGCUAUGGACAUACGCAGUGGCAUCAGUCUCUGUAACACUAUGGUCCGCCUUCUUCAUGUGGCUCGUCUCUUGAUGUCACCUCCUCCUUUCCAUCACCCUUUUCUUUUAACAACCCUGCUUCCCCCCGAUUCUUAUCAAUAAAUUUUAUCACCCCACUAUAAAAAGCUCCUCAUUCUACUAUUAUCACCUCUCUCGCUUAACUUUUUCUAAUUUCAGCCACAAUAAUAUUUAUUUAUUUACUUUCUCUUGAUGCUAUUGCAACUAAGGCAUUUGGAUCUGUAAAAUGGUCUCUUUGUUUGUGGAUCGUGAAAUCAAACUGUGUUGCUCCUCUGUUGUUCA